UGUUCCCCCUCGGGCUAUAAGAAGGCGGAUGAUGAGAUGUCCGGAGCCACGUCCUCGGCGGAUCUGGACGAGGCACCAGCCCGCACCAUUUACUUGAACCAGCCCCAGCAGAGCAAGUUCCGCGACAACUGGGUCAGCACAGCCAAGUACAGCGUGGUGACAUUUCUACCUCGAUUCCUGUAUGAGCAGAUAAGAAAAGCUGCAAAUGCAUUCUUCCUCUUCAUUGCCUUACUGCAGCAAAUUCCAGAUGUCUCUCCAACAGGAAGAUAUACCACCUUGGUGCCAUUGCUAUUUAUUUUAACAGUUGCUGGCAUCAAAGAAAUCAUAGAAGACUAUAAAAGGCAUAAGGCAGACAGUGCAGUGAAUAAAAAGAAAACAAUAGUUCUAAGAAAUGGGAUGUGGCAGAACAUUAUGUGGAAAGAGGUAGCAGUAGGAGAUAUUGUGAAGGUCACCAAUGGGCAACAUCUUCCAGCAGACAUGAUCAUUAUAUCUUCCAGUGAACCACAAGCCAUGUGCUAUAUUGAAACAGCUAAUCUCGAUGGGGAGACGAAUCUUAAAAUACGACAGGGAUUGUCUCAAACUGCUAGUCUCCAGUCAAGAGAAGAAUUGAUGAAAGUAUCUGGAAGGAUAGAAUGUGAAGGACCCAACCGUCAUCUUUACGACUUCACUGGAAACUUGCGCUUAGAUGGUGAAAGCCCAGUUCCUGUUGGUCCAGACCAGAUCUUGCUAAGAGGUGCACAACUGAGAAACACUCAAUGGGUCUUGGGUAUUGUCGUGUAUACAGGUCAUGAUACAAAACUCAUGCAGAAUUCGACCAAAGCACCUUUGAAGAGAUCAAAUGUGGAGAAAGUGACCAACAUGCAGAUCCUGGUUUUGUUCUGUAUUCUCCUGGUGAUGGCCCUUGUGAGUUCUGUAGGUGCCUUAUUAUGGAACAGAACACACGGCGAAGUCGUCUGGUACCUUGGCUCCAACAAAAUGCUGUCUGUCAACUUUGGAUACAAUCUGCUGACAUUUAUAAUCUUGUACAACAACCUUAUUCCAAUCAGUCUUCUGGUGACAUUGGAAGUUGUCAAGUUUACUCAGGCUCUUUUUAUAAAUUGGGACAUAGAUAUGUAUUAUCCUGAAACAGAUACACCUGCAAUGGCCAGAACCUCAAACCUUAAUGAGGAACUUGGGCAGGUAAAAUACCUGUUUUCUGAUAAAACGGGUACUCUAACAUGCAAUAUCAUGAACUUUAAGAAAUGUAGUAUUGCUGGAGUGACAUAUGGUCACUUUCCUGAGCUAGAAAGAGAACGUUCAUCAGAAGAUUUUAGCCAGCUACCUCCUUCCACCAGUGAAUCGUGUGAAUUUGAUGACCCAAGACUGCUGCAAAACAUUGAAAAUGACCAUCCCACAGCUGUGCACAUACAGGAGUUCCUCACUCUGCUGGCCGUGUGUCAUACCGUUGUUCCUGAGAGACAAGGAAAUACAAUAAUCUACCAGGCCUCCUCUCCAGAUGAAGGGGCAUUAGUGAAAGGAGCAAAAAAACUUGGUUAUGUCUUCACAGGACGGACUCCACAUUCGGUUAUCAUUGAUGCGCUGGGAAAAGAAAAAACCUUUGAAAUUCUCAAUGUGUUGGAGUUCUCCAGCAACAGGAAGAGAAUGUCAGUGAUUGUUCGAACUCCAGCAGGACAGCUACGUCUCUACUGCAAAGGGGCUGAUAAUGUAAUUUUUGAGAGGCUUUCAAAAGAUUCCCAGUAUAUGGAGCAAACACUGUGCCAUCUUGAAUACUUCGCAACAGAAGGUCUGAGGACUUUGUGCAUUGCUUAUGCAGACCUGUCAGAAAACUCUUACAGAGAGUGGUUGAAUGUCUACAACGAAAGCAGUACAGUUCUGAAAGACAGAACUCAGAAGCUGGAGGAAUGCUAUGAGAUCAUUGAAAAGGAUUUACUGCUGCUUGGAGCUACAGCCAUUGAAGACCGCCUGCAAGCAGGUGUUCCAGAAACAAUAGCAACGCUAAUGAAGGCAGAAAUUAAGAUAUGGAUUCUGACAGGGGACAAACAGGAAACAGCUCUCAAUAUAGGGUACUCUUGCAGACUCAUUUCACAGAGUAUGUCUCUCAUCCUGGUCAAUGAGGAUUCGCUAGAUGCAACAAGAGCCUCUUUGACUCAACAUUGUACCAGUUUGGGGGAGUCGCUGGGCAAGGAAAAUGAUAUUGCUCUGAUUAUUGAUGGCCACACGCUGAAGUAUGCCCUUUCAUUUGAAGUCAGGCAGAGCUUCCUGGACUUGGCACUUUCCUGUAAAGCAGUUAUUUGUUGCAGAGUAUCUCCUCUACAGAAGUCUGAAAUAGUAGACAUGGUCAAGAAACACGUCAAUGCCAUAACACUUGCCAUUGGGGAUGGUGCCAAUGACGUGGGGAUGAUCCAGACAGCUCACGUUGGAGUGGGGAUCAGUGGCAAUGAGGGCAUGCAGGCAACCAAUUGCUCGGAUUAUGCUAUUGCGCAGUUUUCCUACUUGGAGAAGCUGUUGUUGGUCCAUGGAGCUUGGAGUUACAAUCGAGUUACCAAGUGCAUACUAUAUUGCUUCUACAAGAAUGUGGUUUUGUAUAUUAUUGAGCUCUGGUUUGCUUUCGUUAAUGGAUUUUCUGGGCAGAUCUUGUUUGAGCGAUGGUGCAUUGGUCUGUAUAAUGUGAUUUUCACAGCGCUGCCACCCUUUACUCUGGGAAUUUUUGAACGAUCGUGUACUCAAGAUAGCAUGCUUAGAUUUCCACAGCUAUACAAAAUCACUCAAAAUGCAGAUGGGUUCAACACAAGGGUUUUCUGGGGUCACUGCAUCAAUGCCCUGAUCCAUUCCAUCAUUCUCUUCUGGUUUCCACUGAAAGUGCUGGAGCAUGAUGCAGUAUUUACAAAUGGCCAGGGAAUUGACUAUUUAUUUGUUGGAAACAUAGUUUACACUUAUGUUGUAGUCACUGUUUGUCUGAAAGCUGGCUUAGAAACAACUGCGUGGACUAGAUUCAGUCACCUGGCCGUCUGGGGAAGCAUGCUGCUCUGGCUGGUGUUCUUUGGCGUCUACUCAGCCAUCUGGCCCACGUUCCCCAUCGCGCCAGACAUGCUGGGGCAGGGUGUUACCAUGAACAAUAAAGGACUUAAAUGUAUGGUAAAAAGUUAUUCGGUAGAAGUGGAACUGCUGUCAGAAUGA